CAGGGUUUCCUAUUCGUGGACGCUACUAUCUCCAAUGUGCCUCGCGUUAAGGUUGAAAUCCUGCGCCACGUCAUAAGGAUUUUUCGGGAUCCUGCAUGAUGACUUGUCACCCAAGGAGCGAACACCUCCCUAGUUCCUGGUCUCUUCUCGCAUAUAUGCCAAUACUACUCCCUAGUUGAUUCUAAAGGCUGUUAACCCCAUGAUGUUUACAUCCGACUUUCCGACAAUGUCCCUUAACUUAGCCGGCAUCAUUUUCCUGGCAGAUCUGCCGAUCAUCGCGCAGCGGACCGCCCUCACAGGCGGCGCCACAUUCCUGGAUACGUUUGUCCUCUGUCCCGGGCUGCAUCGCCAGCAGGUUGCCGCUGAUGUUCACGGCGGAGAGUACCCAGCCGUAGCUGCGAUGACGACUGGCUAUGUGUUUCGGGUCGAGAACCCAGCAACAGUCAAUUUCCUACAGAGGGUUGGUCGCACGGGCCAGCUGACUACACUUUCUGUGACCAACAUCCACAAUUCUAAGCAAGGGUUGCUCUCUCGCUUUCUAUCCUCUAUAGAUAGUUACAUGUCAGUCGGAGCUGUUGCCGCAUACCUGCUUGCGGUGGGCAGCACAGUCGCGGUCACAUCCUUUCUCAUCCUCACUGAGGACUGGUGGGGCCUCUUAGUGAUCGCCAUCUUAAUGCUUACCCGAUUCAUCAAUAUGCUCUUAAUUCAGUCUCGUAGUCGCGCCGGCUGGAGCGGAGCCUCCGAGCCGGGCGUGGUCGGGGAUCUCCUGGUUCUUCUGAGUCAGGACCGCUGGGUCCGCAUCACAGGCUACGUGGAUGACCUCAAAGCAGUGACUUCUGGAGAAUGGCUCCGUGAUAUGACUUGGGUUGAAAGCGCCAUAUCCGGCUUCACUACCUUAUUGGUUUACCUGAAUGUUGCCUUAUUGAGCAAUGCGAAAUUGUCUGGGCAAGUUAUGCUGCUGUUGCUAUUUGUUGGAACGGCUGGUCUGCUAGGACUAGUGAAUAUGUUCAGACAAGGGCUCCAAAUGCAUGCGAACCUUGUCACUGUUGACGGUGCACGAAGACAAUACCGCAGAAGGCUAGAUCUUGCAGAGGCCUUGAUCAAAGAGACGGGGAGAGAUGAUUGGGCUGUGCGCUUGGGGAUGAUAAACCCUUCUCAAGCGUCAGCUAGAAAGGGUGGUUUGGGAGGGAAUGCUGCGUUCAAUGAGACGCUUACAAUGUGACCAUGAGUUGGACAGCGGUGCUUGUCCUUAUCAGUCGAUACAUAUCACAAGGAUGGCUAUUUUGCGGAUGGUGGAAUAUAAUGUAUCCCAUAUGGGGCUCGAGGAGGUUUGGAUAUGUGUGCCAUUUACUGUGUGCUUUUGCUCUACGGUUAUUAACAAAAAUAAGUACCAGCAUACCUGCUUGCACUCACAACCUACUUUGUAAUAGCUCUUUCCGUUUGAAAGGCAUAAACUAGUUACCAUCUCGUUCGGACAAUGAAACCCCCCCCAGAGUGGCGGCCAUCUUAGACUAAUU